AUGAUGGCUUCUGUUUUCACAUCCAACAAAACAAUCCGAGUUUGUCCUUUCCUCAACGGAGAUGUAGAAAACUCAGAAACCAAAACUAACAACACAUGGGUUCGUCCCAAUCUACCCAGCAGAUGUACCUGGAAACCAGGAAAAUCCAUCUCGGAGUCCCCUCACGGAUGUGUACCUUUCCCAAAAGAACCAAAGAUUUUGUCAAAUAUUUUGGAGAAAAUUGGACACACCCCACUGGUCCGUGUCAACAAGAUUGCAAAAGCCUAUGGGCUUCAGUGUGAGCUCUUGGCCAAGUGUGAGUACUUCAAUGCUGGAGGGAGUGUCAAGGACCGAAUCGCCUUGAGAAUGAUAGAAGAUGCAGAAAGAGCUGGCACUCUCAAACCAGGAGACACGCUCAUUGAGCCUACUUCAGGAAACACAGGGAUUGGAAUUGCACUGGUAGCUGCCGUGAAGGGCUAUCGCUGCAUCAUUGUCAUGCCAGAGAAAAUGAGCAUGGAGAAGGUGGAUAUCCUGAGAGCCCUCGGGGCUGAGAUUGUACGAACUCCUUGCACGAGGUAUGAUGCCCCAGAAUCAAAUGUCCGUGUUGCUUGGAAACUGAAGAAUGAAAUCCCAAACUCACAUAUUUUGGAUCAGUAUAGAAAUCCAAGCAACCCUUUGACACACUAUGACACCACUGCUGAGGAGAUUCUGGAACAAUGUGAUGGCAAAGUUGACAUGAUUGUGGCUGGAGCUGGCACUGGAGGCACCAUCUCUGGUAUUGCCAGGAAGAUGAAAGACAAAUGUCCUGAAUGCAAAAUUGUUGGAGUAGAUCCUGAUGGUUCCAUUGUUGCCCUACCCAGCUCACUGAAUACAGUGUCAGCAGAGGAUACAACAAUGGAGGUGGAAGGGAUUGGACAUGACUUUAUCCCAACCGUCCUUGACAGAUAUGUGAUAGAUCAGUGGUGCAAGAGCAACGACACAGAAUCCUUUCUUAUGGCACGCAGGCUGAUUAGAGAGGAAGGUUUGCUUUGUGGAGGUAGUGCGGGCAGUGCCAUGUCUGUGGCUGUGAAGGCUGCUAAGCAUCUGAAAGAGGGUCAGCGCUGUGUUGUCCUCUUGCCUGACUCUGUGAGGAACUACAUGUCUAAAUUUUUGAAUGACAAAUGGAUGGUCAAGAAUGGGUUUCUAAAAGAGGAUGUUCAAGAACAUUAUCCUUGGUGGUGGAAUAUCAAGGUGCAGAAGCUGAACCUCUUAGCCCCUCUAACCCUUCUCCCAGAUGUGAAUUGUCAAAAGGCAAUUGAAAUCCUCCGUGAGAAGGCAUAUGACCAGGCACCAGUUGUUGCAGAAUCAGGUCUCAUCCUGGGAAUGGUAACUCUCAGCAACAUCCUCUCCUCCAUCCUGGCAGGAUCUGCCCAGUUCUCAGACCCAGUAAUGAAGGUCAUUUAUCAGCAGUUUUCAAAGAUUAGUCUGGAUGAUACCCUUGGAAAGCUUUCACACAUCCUGGAAAAUGAUCACUUUGCUAUUGUUGUACAUGAACUGGAGCAAUACAAUGCAGAUGGCAGCUCCUUCAUGAAACAGAUGGCGUUUGGUGUGGUUACAGCUGUUGACCUCCUCAGCUUUGUCACUCACAAAAACAAGACCUAA